ACCCCGCAGAAGCGUGGAGUUCUGAAGAGAUUAGACACUGUCGAGGUUGUCAUUGGGGAUGGCGGCUUCCUUUACUGCAUGGAGCGGCGUGGUUAUGUUAAAGCAGGCGCCUGGACACCAGAGGCUACUGUAGAACACCCAGAAGCUGGUAAGUAAAGGGAAAUAAGUCAAAUGUUACCCUGCCGUCGAGCCUUGAAGCUUGAGGUUUGAUUAAGAUGCAAAUGACCUCAUCACCUUCAACAAGAGGCGAAGGUGUUACGGCCCCUGCUGCCUCUCUAAUCAUCGGAUCAGCAGACAAUAUAUUUCUCCUCUUUAGACUGUUAAUCUUUGUUUUGACGUCAUUGUACGAAUGAAAAACCCUCGUGUAUUGCCCUUGUCUUCCAAUAAUUUCACAAAUGCAAAUUUCUAUCGAAUCGUUCAGUCAUGACCCCGAUCAAGAGAUUGUAAUAGAACAAGAGAAUAUCAGCUGUUGAUACUCUCUUGAAUGUAAUCUCUUGCCCCGAUAGACGACGAGUAAUUGAUCUGGGGGAAUGCGUGACCAAACAUUUCACUGACAGCAUGAAUCUCUAAUUUGUUGCAGUUCGACAGCUUCACAGUGAAUUUCUGAGAGCCGGAGCUAAUGUAAUGCAAACAUUUACAUUUUAUGCCAGUAAAGACAAGCUGGAAAAUCGCAGCCAUUCAGCUGGACAGAUCGGGGUUAAAAAAAGGGUGUAACGCUUUAAAAACCUAAUUCAUGCAGUUGUGUGAUUAUUCCAUUGUCAACUGGUUCUAAGCCCGACGAUCCGCCUUCCCCAUAAGAUCAAACCGUUCACGCCAAAAACAAAAUAAAUACAUAGAUAAAUGAACAUGUCAAUAGAUAAGGUAAUAAAAUUUAAGAAGUAAAGAACAGUGGGCUAAGUUUUAAUCUUGGACCUAAAAAUUUAAGAAAGACUUUUAGGAACUUUGAAAGAGCUUGAACCCAAACUAAACACUUCAGACAUGACUAGCACAUAGUGAAAGAACCGAAACAGCCAAACACCUCUUGACUCUGUACUCUAUAUAUCUAUUUGAUUUAUAGUAUGAAGCCAUAAACCAAUCUGCGUGCGUACUGGCAAGGGAUGUGGCCAGCAAAGGAGAUGCUCUGGUGGCGGGGAACAUCUCACAGGUGCCGGAUUAUCUAAGCGGGCCUGGAAAGGAGGUAGUGCAGAAAGAAGACAAACGGAUAUUUUUGUCCAGAAUGACGUCGAUUUCUUGAUAGGGGAGGUAUACAACUAAAACUUCCAACUAUUAUUCCCAAUCGAUGUGUACGCAGAGCCAAGAAUUUCUUAUUUUGGCACUAUGUAAUCGCCAUAGACAAUUACAACUACGUUAUUUUUUGUAGUAUCUCACUAUUUUAUUUUUGUUAUUUUGUUGUUGUUCUCAUGGAGAAGGGUAGGGAAGGGGAAGGUGAGAUCACAUCAGAACAACAUCUCUCCAUUUCAACUGAUAAGGAGAAAUAGUUUCCAAAGCGUUGAGUUUUUCUCUUCUCUUUUUCAGUUGACUCUCUUGGUCGCACAGGAAUGAGUAUAUUUCAAUUUUGUUAACAGUUUAACUUGUUGUGGUUCAUUGUUUCAUUUAUCAACUGUUUAUGUAUAGGUAUGUUGAGCAAGCCGAAUGGGCAACAGAAGUGAUAAAGGCCAGAGGGAAACCAGUCGUUGUGUGUCUGUCCAUCAGUUUAGCCGGCGAUAUCACUGGUAUUCUGCCUGGGGAAUGCGCUGUUAGAGUAGCACGUGCUGGUAAAAUCCCAGCAUUUGUUUAGCUGUCAUGAAAGAAAUGAAGACUGCUUUGGAAAAAGAAGGUCUUCAACGCCAUCUGGUAGUGUUUGUUAUCACACCCCUGAGCUGACAUAUGACCGCAUAGGAUUGUCUGGUCUGCCUGAGUUCCCAUUUGGUAUGGUAUAGUUUCCAAAAAAUUGAUAGUCGAGAUAGCUAUGAGGUGAAUAAUCGAAUGCCACAUCUCAAGAAAGGCGUUGGCCCAUGGUUAUCGCGCUUUUUUUUACGGAUUUAAGCCCUGUAUUACUGGUUUCGCCAGCUUGAAAUGUCAAGGCAUCUCAAAAAUAUAUUGGGUGGUCAAUGGAGAUUCAAAGGUCUCAAAGAGUAGUAUCAUGCCUUGUUAAUUAAUGCCAUGCUAAGCCGAGUUCAGCUCUGGUUUUGCAGUGCGCUCGCUUUUCCCUCCUCUUUACUCACUUCUCUACACUUUCGUAUGCUACUGAUACCUAUAUAUGAUAUCAAAACAUCUUUCUUCAUUCCCUUGCUACCUAGCUCUUGAAUCUCGCCUAAUGAGCCGCUGGGACGUACAGAAGUACGCUCGUGAGGCGUAUGACAUGGGAAUCAGGUACAUUGGAGCCUGCCGUGGAUUUGAGCCUUAUCGUGUUCGAGCCAUAGCGGAAGAGGUGAGACAAACAUCAUUUGCCAUCAGUUUUUUUCUCUUUCAUAACUUUUAAUUUAGUUCUACUCGGUAUGUUUAACUUUUAAUGUCACUUUUUUCAAGCUCGCUAAAGGGAGGGGUAAAUUACCUCCAGCUAGCGAGAAGCAUGGCCUGUGGGGAGACGCCCUACGGCAGCACACUCAUCCGUGGGUUAGAGUUAGAUGA